AUGGAACCUGUGGCAGCUUCAUCCCACUCUAUGGAGCUUCGUCGAGCGCAGCGUCUGUUGCCUGCGCUAGCUCCAGCCCCACCAAGCUCUGGAUUGGCUUCCGACAAGCCGUGCAAAAUAGAGCAGCUUCAGACGCAGGAGCCAACAACAAAGACUAAAGCGUCAGUUACUAAGAAACCACUGAUUGCACACAUUUUUUUUAACCGGCGGCCUUUGGACUUCAUUCAACGAACAACAAGCUCGUUAUUGGCCACAAGCAAAACAACAACAUCUACUAGCGUCGUCGCAACGUCAGUAGCUGCGGAGGAACGCAAGUUUUGGCAGCCGCAUCGUCCUCGUGGAGAAAAAAGUGGACGUCGAAGGCUUCAGCAGCUGCAGGUCACUCAACAGCUGAAUUUAAACGCAAGAGCUGAAAGUGAUGCCGAAGAGGCUGCAGCAAAGCUGACCGCGGCUAGGAGAAGCUCGGGGUUAUGUUCUGGUGAACAAGUUUUGAUGAAUGCACAGAAAGCAGCGGAGCUUACAGCGUUUGAGCAAGUGGAAAUUCUGAAGUACAAGGACAUAUAUUUUAUAUCAAAAUUGGCAAAUAAACGUGACCGACGCAAUGGCAAAGCUGAAAAGACUUUACCUGAUUCCGUUGACGAAAAUUUAGACGAUCGUUUGACGAAAUUGUAUAAUCAUGGGUACGAUGACGAACAUGGCGACUAUUUGGUGGUAAUUGGCGACCACUUGGCGUACCGGUACGAAGUUUUGAGUGCAUUAGGACAAGGAUCGUUCGGCCAGGUUGUGUGCUGUCUUGAUCAUCGCACUCGCACGUUGGUCGCUGUCAAGGUGAUUUGUAAUCGAAAGACGUAUCACACACAAGCAUUCAAAGAAGUGAGGCUAUUGACACAACUUCAGAAAGCAAUAGCUGGAGAUGACAAGGAUGCACAUGUUAUUUGUAUGGACAAUUAUUUUGAGUUUCGCAACCACUUGUGUAUUGUAUUCAAGGUGUUGGGUUUGAAUCUUUAUGACUAUCUCAAGAUGCGUCAAUUCCGCGGUCUGCCCAUGAACAGCGUGCGUACGAUUGCCACGCAGCUUGUACAGGCAUUGAAUUUACUGAAGCGAGAGCAGAUUCUUCAUUCUGAUUUAAAGCCAGAAAACAUACUUUUAGAUGCAGGGACUGUGGCAGCAGAUGGAGUCGUCAAUAAAGUGACACUAAUUGAUUUUGGCAGCAGUUGUUUGGAAUCGGGUCCAAUGUCUAAGUAUAUCCAGACCCGAUUUUACAGAAGUCCAGAAGUGUUGCUUGGUCUUCCAUACUCUUACGCUAUCGAUAUGUGGAGUUUAGCUUGCAUCCUUGUCGAGCUGCACACUGGUUAUCCAAUAUAUGCGGGUGAGAAUGAACAAGAUCAAUUGGCCUGUAUUAUGGAGGUACUGGACGUGCCUCCACCGGUGAUGGUGCGCAACAGCAAGCGACGUUUGAUAUUGUUUGACGAAGUAAUUAAUCCUGCGGUCAUGGACUGUGUUGAUUAUGUACCGAAGACGUAUGUAAAUUCGCGGGGCCAACAACGAACGCCCGGCUCACGAAGUUUCAUGGAUGCAGUCAAGUCAAAUGAUGUAAAUUUUGUGGCUUUUUUAACAAAGUGCUUUGUUUGGGACCCGUGUGAGCGUCUUACACCCGAGCAAGCACUUCAAGAACCUUGGCUACGCGACCAGGUGAACGAAUAA